AUGAAGUCCUCCGCCUCCUGGGACGCCUGGCGCCGUCUGGGCUCCCCCCGCUACGUCGUCGCUCCCAUGGUCGAUGCAUCCGAACUCGCCUUCCGCGACCUUACCCGCAAGUACGGCGCAGACCUUGCCUACACCCCCAUGCUCAACUCGAAGAUCUUCGCACGCGACGCAAAGUACCGUCUCGAGCAUUUCACCACACACCCCGCUGACCGUCCCCUCGCCGCCCAAUUCUGCGCCAACGACCCGGCCCUCCUCGUCGAGGCCGCCCGCCACGUGCAGGACCACGUCGACGCUGUCGACCUCAAUCUCGGUUGCCCGCAGGGUAUCGCACGGAAGGGGCACUACGGUUCCUUUCUACAGGACGAGUGGAACCUUUUGCACGACAUUGUCAGCACAGCUGCACGCGACCUCACCGUCCCUAUCUGGUGCAAGAUUCGCAUCUUUCCCACUGUCGAGAGAACCGUCGAGUACGCCAAAAUGUUAGAGUGCGCUGGCGCUAGCUUGCUUGCUGUUCAUGGACGGACGCGUGAGCAAAAAGGAAAGGACGCCCCGCCAGCCGACUGGGAGGCCAUCAGGGCUGUUAAGCGCGCAGUCAGCAUUCCUGUCAUUGCCAACGGUAACGUCCGAUGCAAAGCUGAUGCAGAUCAUGCUAUCCAAUCUACCGAGGCCGAAGGCGUCAUGUCCGCCUGGGCGCUUCUGGACAACCCCGCCGCGUUUAACAAGGAGGGAGAAACGGCCCCCAGUAGAAUGCAACUGGCGAUGGAGUACUUGGAUUUAGCGGAAAAGUACAACACACCCAUGCGCAUAGUCCGCCUCCACAUUUUUAAGCUUUUUCGAAGUCGCUUGGAUGUGAAUAUGGACUUGAAUGAGGAGGUUGCAAAGUGUCGUUGCUUGAACGACUUUCGGCAAAUUGCCGACACCCUGGCUGCUCGCACUGAUUUUGACGGAGUCUUGUUUGAGACAAGAGUACAGCUGGGGACUGUGCCGGAGAAUGUAGUGUCAGAGAAAAAGGCAAAACGAUUGAAAAAAGCCCUAGAGGCCAGCGCCUUGGAACAACACAGGCGAAAGCAGAAGGGGGUUUGA